CAAUAAAUAAAUAACAAUGAUUCGACAAGUUAUACCACGUGUAAUUAAAAAUGUUUCGGCAAUUAAAAGUAUGCGGAUGUGUACUGCUACCGAGAAUGCAAAGAUGGAAAAGUCAAUAAAUAAAGUUACUCUAUUAGGAAGAGUAGGAGGUGAACCACAGAAGAGGGGUAAUGUAGAACACCCUGUUGUUAUAUUUUCUCUUGCCACACAUAGUAACUACAAAUACAUGAAUGGAGAUUUCGUGCAACGAACAGAGUGGCAUAAGGUAUGCGUAUUUAAGCCAAAUUUGCGCGAUAGCGUUCAAACUUAUUUAAAGAAAGGUCAAAGAGUGUUAGUUUUUGGAAAAAUGAGCUAUGGAGAAUUUAAAGAUGAAGAAGGUAAUACAAAACCAAGUGCAGCUAUAGUAGCAGACGACGUAAUAUUUUUCCAGCUUUAA